GCUGAGCGGCGGGGAGCCGGCGCCCCGGCCCGCGGGGGAGCGGGCCGCAGCAUGGAGGACGACGCGCCGGUCAUCUACGGCCUGGAGUUCCAGGCGCGUGCCCUCACGCCGCAGACUGCAGAGACAGACGCCAUCCGGUUCUUGGUGGGGACGCAGUCUCUCAAGUACGAUAAUCAGAUCCACAUCAUAGACUUCGAUGACGAAAACAACAUCAUAAAUAAAAAUGUCCUCCUCCAUCAAGUGGGCGAGAUCUGGCACAUCAGUGCCAGUCCGGCGGAUAAGGGUGUGCUGGCUACCUGCUACAGCAAGACUUCAGACAGCAGAGUCCUGACGUGCGCGGCCGUGUGGAGGAUGCCGAAGGGACUGGAGCCAGGCAGCCACGAGUCCCCUGACGAUUCAUCAAGCACCGCGCACACCCUGGAGCUGCUCUGUCACCUUGACAACGCGGCCCGCGGCAGCUCGGCCUGCGUCAUGUGGGAGCCGACGGGAGACGGGAAGAAGGUGAUCUCGCUGGCCGACAACCACAUCUUGCUGUGGGACCUGCAGGAGAGCUCCAGCCAGGCCUCGCUGGCCAGCUCGGCGUCCCUGGAGGGGAAGGGACAGCUGAGGUUCACGUCGGGGCGGUGGAGCCCCCAUCACAACUGCAGCCAGGUGGCCACGGCCAGCGACACCACCGUGCGGGGCUGGGACACCCGCAGCAUGAGCCAGAUCUACUGCAUCGAGAACGCGCACGGGCAGCUGGUGCGGGACCUGGACUUCAACCCCAACAAGCAGUACUACCUGGCGAGCUGCGGGGACGACUGCAAGGUCAAGUUCUGGGACACCCGCAACGUCACGGAGCCCGUGAAGACCCUGGAGGAGCACUCCCACUGGGUGUGGAACGUCCGCUACAACCACUCGCACGACCAGCUGGUCCUCACGGGCAGCAGUGACAGCAGGGUCAUCCUCUCCAACAUGGUGUCCAUCUCCUCUGAGCCCUUCGGCCACCUGGUGGACGACGACGACCUGAGUGACCAGGAGGAGCGCCGCCUGGACGAGAAGAGCCAGGAGCCGCCGCGGGACAGCGUGGUCGCCGCCUACGAGGAGCACGAGGACAGCGUGUACGCCGUCGACUGGUCCUCGGCUGACCCCUGGCUCUUUGCCUCGCUGAGCUACGACGGGCGCCUGGUCAUCAACCGGGUCCCCCGCGCGCUCAAGUACCACAUCCUGCUCUGACCGCGCCCUCCCUGCCUGCCCUGCCGGCUCGGGCUCCCGCCCUGUCUGGCCUCUGGGGGUUAAAGUGAAAUAAAGGACCAGAGGCUC